CUCCGGACGUGAGAGCUGCGGUCGCCGCCGCACUCGCCUCGAAAGCUCGGAGCCGCGAGGAUCCGGGAGGAGCUGGGUGUGCUGCCGGGCACUGACCGCCUUCCUGCCCGCCGUCAGAGAUCUUGACUCUGCGACGACUUCCCCUCUUCAGAGAGGACUACAGGUCCGAGUGGCCACUCCUCAGGUUCUCCAGCAGACCUUAGCGCCCAGCAUGGCCCACUGAGGUGAACCAUGACCAGCUGGCCCACACACACCACUGACCAUCCAGAGUCAUCGCAUCUCACCAGGAGGUGACCCCUCUGCCAGCUGCCGCCCAACUUGCCCACCCCUGCCCAGGAACGUGCCCGCAGCUGCCACGGACACCAUGUAGUAGGGCUGGCCACGGCGCCCAGUGAGCUGCGAUGGUUUUGUACACGACCCCCUUUCCUAACAGCUGUCUGUCGGCCCUGCACUGCGUGUCCUGGGCCCUCAUCUUCCCAUGUUACUGGCUGGUAGACAGGCUGCUGGCCUCUUUCACACCCACCACCUACGAGAAGCGGCAGCAGGCGGAUGACCCGUGCUGCCUACAUCUGCUCUGUACUAUCCUCUUCACACCCAUCUACCUGGCCCUCCUGGUGGCCGCGCUGCCCUUCGCCUUUGUUGGAUUCCUCUUCUGGUCCCCACUGCAGUCUGCCCGGCGGCCCUACAUCUACUCACGACUGGAAGACAAAAGCCUGGCCGGUGGGGCAGCCCUGCUUGGUGAAUGGAAGGGAACAGGGGCUGGCAGAAGCUUCUGCUUCGCCUCUGCCAAUGUCUGCCUCCUGCCUGACUCAGGCGCCAGGCACAACAACCUUUCUAACACCCAAGCACGGGCCAAAGAGAUCGGGCAGAGAAUCCGCAAUGGGGCUGCCCGGCCCCAGAUCAAAAUCUACAUCGACUCACCCACCAACACGUCCAUCAGCGCCGCCAGCUUCAGUAGCCUGGCAUCUCCACAGGGCAGCGAUGGCAUGGCCCGGACUGUCCCCGGGAGCAUUAAGAGGACAGCCUCGGUGGAAUACAAGGGUGAUGGCGGGCGGCACCAUGGUGAUGAGGCCGCUAACGGCCUGGCCUCUGGGGACCCAGCUGACAGCUGCAGCCUUGAGGACACCUGCAUUGUGCGCAUUGGUGGCGAGGAAGGGGGCCGGCCACCUGAAGGCGAUGACCCUACCCCUGGGAACCUGGCCAAGAACGGGGCUGGUGGGGGCCCAAAGGGCCAGACACCCAACCACAAUCAGCGGGAUGGGGACUCGGGGAGCCUAGGCAGCCCAUCAGCCUCCAGGGAGUCCCUGGUGAAGGCACGAGCUGGGCCAGACAGUGGCAGCGGGGAGCCGGGUGCCAACAACAAGCUCCUGUACAAGGCCUCGGUGGUGAAGAAGGCAGCAGCCCGCAAGAGGCGGCACCCAGACGAGGCCUUUGACCAUGAGGUCUCGGCCUUCUUCCCUGCCAACCUGGACUUCCUGUGCCUGCAGGAGGUGUUCGACAAGCGUGCGGCCACCAAGUUGAAAGACCAGCUGCACGGCUACUUUGAGUACAUCCUGUAUGACAUCGGGGUCUAUGGCUGCCACAGCUGCCGUUGCUGCUACUGCUUCAAGAUUGUCAACAGUGGCCUCUUCUUUGCCAGCCGUUACCCCAUCAUGGACGUGGCCUAUCACUGUUACCCCAACGGGAAGGGCUCCGAUGGCUGGGCCUCUAAGGGAGCUCUGUUUCUCAAGGUGCAGGUGGGAAGCACACCUCAGGACCAAAGAAUUGUCGGGUACAUCGCCUGCACACACCUGCAUGCCCUGCCAGAGGACAGUGCCAUCCGGUGUGAACAGCUAGACCUGCUUCAGGACUGGCUGGCUGAUUUCCGAAAAUCUACCUCCUCGUCCAGCACAGCCAACCCAGAGGAGCUGGUGGCAUUUGACGUCAUCUGCGGAGAUUUCAACUUUGACAAUUGCUCCUCUGACGACAAGCUGGAGCAGCAGCAUUCCCUGUUUACACGCUACAAGGACCCCUGCCGUCUGGGGCCUGGGGAGGAGAAGCCAUGGGCCAUCGGUACCCUGCUGGACACAAAUGGUCUCUACGAUGAGGAUGUGUGCACCCCUGAGAACCUUCAGAAGGUCUUGGAGAGCGAAGAAGGCCGCAAGGAAUACCUGGCAUUUCCCACCAGCAAGAGCCCAGGCCAGAAGGGGCGAAAGGACCUGCUGAAAGGCAACGGCAGGCGCAUCGACUACAUGCUGCACGCCGAAGAGGGGCUGUGCCCGGACUGGAAGGCGGAGGUGGAAGAAUUCAGUUUCAUCACCCAGCUAUCCGGCCUGACCGACCACCUCCCAGUGGCCAUGCGGCUGAUGGUGUCAACAGGGGAGGAAGAGGCGUAGAACAGCCACGUCACCGGCAUCCGGAGCAGCAGGGCCUCUGCCAGCCCUCUGAGCCGCAGCCC